AUGGCAAACAAAUUCAGCUUCACCGACGAUUGGAGCAGCUCGCCGCCGUCGACUCCUGGCCAGACCCCGAACAAGGGAUCAGCGUACCCCUUCGGCGAUAACCCUUCGACGACCCCUGCCGGCCCGCCUCCGUCGUCCCAGGCCUCGUUCACACCCGCCGGCGCACCGUCUGCAUCCUACCUCGGAAGCUCAUUGCUGGGCGACGGCACUAAUCAGAAGCCAUUCAACUUCGGAGGAGCAAGUACGACCGGCCCUGCCAGGAACCUCUUUGCACGAAGCGACGCCAGUUCCCAGCAGCCCUCCCAGGGGCCCCUAGGCCGGUCAGUCCAUCAAAACGCGAAACACGUCAGACAGCCCUCGGGAUUGAGCAAAGAAUAUGGCGCUACGGAAAACAAGGUCACCUACGAUAACCGCACCGGGCGGUACAUGAUACCCGACGACUCGGAGGACGAAGAGGAAGCGGAGGAAGAGGAGUAUGAUGAGCGUGAGGCUGUCAACGCCGAGAUGGAGCGGUAUCUCGAGGCCGACCUGGACGACGAGGACGCCGAUGGAGAGGCCGAGGAUGAGGAGCUGAUCGACGACGACGACGAUAUGUUUCUCAACAUGCGCCACAGCACGCGCCAAGACGAUGAGCCCGUCUACUCGGACGACGACCGCGAUGGCCUCAAUGGCGCUAACGACUCAGACCUCCUCCUCUUGAACACACCGGCGGCUACGGAGCGUAUGCGCAGAGAAGCCGAGGACAUUUUCCGCGCCUCAUCCAUGCGACGGUCUUCGACGUCGAGACGGAAGGACUUCAAGUACGCAGCGAUUGCCAAAGAUCUGUACACUCAAAUGGGCAUGACUACGAUCACCGAGUCCCCAGGGGUUGUGUUGCAGACGGAGGACUUGGUGAACGAGCUGUACGACGAGGGAAUUGGCGCACUGGACGACCCCGGAAGGCUCGACGGUUCUUUGGCGACAAUUGUCCAGCCGCUGACUGAGUUGUGGGACAACUUCGCCGAGACUCUGCCGACGCCCGAAGGAGAGCAUGUAGCUGAGAUCGGGCCUGGUCCCAACGUUGAGCCUUUUGUCAAAGCUGCCUACGUCGCCAGGCUGGUACUUCAGAUGCACCACACCCGCUUUGCUGAUGGGCCUGGCCAGGCUAAGGCACCUCCUCUGCCCGAGGUCCUCUUCAACUGGAUCGAGGACAACCACAACCUGUAUCCUGAUCAGUUCGACCGUGUGAUGCGCCAUAAGCCCAGUCCUGCUAGCCACAGCCUCUUCUGGCCAACAAUACGGAGCGCACUUAUUCGGGGCAAGAUUCACCUCGCAUCCCAGUUGCUGAGAAACGCCGGUUGGGAAUCGGUCAGAAAAGGGACCCGCGCAGAAGUGGCAUACGCUGGCAAGACUCUGGAGAAUCUGCAGCGUGCUGUUGGCAUCACAUGCGAGGCGCUCGAUAUCUGCCCUGCUAAUAAGAGAAACUGGGACAUUUUCAGCAGCGACUGGACGCUGUAUCGUAUCCAGGCCAAGGGCUCAUUGGAUAGGCUGCAGCGAUUCGCGGAAGGCAAGGACAAGGGUCUUUAUGGUGAUAGUGACGACGGAUUAUACGGCCAGCCGUCCUUGGCUCGCCUCGCCCGCAAGGCCGAGGGACAGGUCCCCUGGGAUAUCUACGAACACCUCCAAACCAUCUACCAAAUUAUCCUGGGAACCCCCGAUGCUAUCCUCGAGACGGCACAAGACUGGUGCGAGGCCACCGUAGGUCUCUUCGGCUGGUGGGAAGAGGGACGCGGUCAACAGAAAUCCUUGCGCAUGUCCCGUUCGCAAGCUCUUCGUCUGCCGGCCGUUUCUUCUGGCCCGGACACGUACUUCGAGCGCCUCUCCCUGGCUUUCCACACUGCGAUUGAGUCGGACUUCCACUUCAACGCCAUGAACCCUGUCGAAGUUGCCAUUGCUUCCGCGUUCGAGUCGAAUUUCGCCGCGGUGAUCGGCAUCCUUCGAGGGUGGUCUCUGCCCAUUGCUUCGACCGUGGCAGAACUUGCGUCGCUUGGCCAAUGGCUUCCCAAGCCGGAGCCGCCUAACCUGAUCAUGAUGGAAAGCUUGGAUAUGGAGGACUUGGACAUUUUGGGAGUGAGCCCACAAGGCGCAGACGAGGUCGAGGGUAUCAAGGACACGACACUGACGCACUACGCACGAGAGUUGGCCGGCAUCGAUGUCCUGGCCGACAACCGAACUGGAUGGGAAAUGGCAAUUCAGGUGCUGGGUCGUAUGGAUUCGGCAGCAAAGUCUGAGGAGAUGGUCGGAGAGUUGCUUGGUGAUAUUCUCCAACAACUCGAAGCAGACUCGGGCGACAUGGUGGAGAAGGUCUGGAGGAUUCUGAACGACCUCGGCAUGAUCAACUACGCCGAGCAAACAGCAGAGACCUACGCAGAGAUCCUCGCGGAAGGCUCGCACAGAUACGGCGAGGCUUUGUGGUACUACGCUCUGGCUCAUCGACCAGGCAAGGUCCGCGAAGUGCUCAACCUUCUCAUGUCAUACUCCCUCCUUCACUCCACCGUCUACCCGCAUCCCAAUGAGCUGGACGACCACCUUUACAAGCUUCUCAACGAACGCAGUCAGACGCUAGAGAAAUAUGCCAAGCAGGAUCUCGAAGCGGCGCAGCUGCUCGGCCGGAUGCUGAGUGGAUAUGCAACCCUCCGAAAGUACUACGAAAUUCGAGACACCGAUGGGCUGGCGGACAUGUCCCCGCACAAGUCGGCGUCUCUCCGAAAGCAGGCGGCGUCUGCCUUGGUUGCCGUUAUCGCCAGCUCCGACGACAAUAUCCGCGGUGGUUUGUACGAUGAGACACGCGACGCCGUCGUAAGCGAGGACUUCAUUCUUGCGCUUCUCGGCGAAGCUCUUCCCUUCGUCAACCAGAACCCCUCUGUUAUCAAUCUCGACCAGAUGGACGUUAUGCUCAAGGCUGUCGAAGAUAUCCAAACUGUCAACUCAACAAUCUUCAAUGCCGCCGACGAGUUCUUCAAGCUUGUCCUGGCUUCUGCGCAUGGCCUGAAGGGUUCCACGCCCGCAGACCUGAUGCGUAAGAGCACCGGCUCCCUCGGAGGAAGUUACAUGCUCAGUGGCAGCUCGAUGCUCGCAAGUCAACUGAACCGCUCCAUCAGCGGUAGCAGCGGCGGCCUCUCCCGCGCCAACACCAAGCGCGGCUGGGACUGGAGGACGGGCCUCACGGCGGGCGCGUCGGCCGAGGACGUGCUGCGGGUGUUGCGACUGGGUCUGUCGAGGGACCUGGCGACGUCGUGGCUGGCCGAUGCCGACAGCACGCCCUUGUACUAG